UGAAAUCCCUCCGAAUGUAUAAACACUAUAUAAUAUCAUUCGCUGCAUUAUUUUUCCUGGUGAGCUUCCUUUAUCAUCAGAACUUAAGAAAGGGUUUAAAUACAAAGAAUCAUAUCUUAAAUAAUGGCCCUGAGAAGACCUCCGAGCUUAAAAUGCAGAUAACAGAAAUAUUCAAUCAGAUAAAUCGGAGAAUACCUAAAGUAACUUUUAGUGAUCAAGACAAUACAACUAGUGCUGCAAACAGCAAAUUGUUCAUUAAAAACCCCCAGAUCGGUUAUUGUGUCGGGGAUCAAUUAACUGUCCAGGUUGAUGUGUACGAUUUUCUGGGAAAGAGAAAAAACUAUGGAGGAGAUUAUAUUAGAGCAGGAAUUUCCAGUCCAGAUAAGAAAGCCGGAGCUUCAGGGAGCAUUGAAGAUUUUAACAAUGGAACAUAUCAUAUUCAUUUUACCUUAUUUUGGGAAGGUAAAGUUGUGCUAUCUGUAUUUCUCAUGCACCCAAGCGAAGCAGUUUCUGCUCUCUGGAAAUCAAGAAAUAGCUGGUAUGGUCAAAUGGCAUACUUAGGAAAAUUCAAUUGGAAAGGUAAAGAAAUGGUGACAAAGUGUGGAUUUGCUCUUGACAAAAAAGAUGAACUUUGUGAAUAUGCUGACCAUGAAAAUGAAGAAUACUUUUAUUGUGUGAAACCUCAAAAUUUCAGCUGUGAUUCAUUUACGGAGUAUAAAAAUGUGAAGAAUCUUGAUUCACAGCUGUCCAAACUAGAAAGCAUUCUCCUUACAAGGUCAAAUGUUAAAGUGGAAAUUCCAGGAAAUAUUCAGGCACUUGAUGUAGUUCUCUGUAACAGUUUAAGUUUACAGAAGAAAGAUAACUGCAAAAUUGGAAUGGGAUUAGAAUAUCCCAGUGGACAUGUCAUGGAAGAAAUAUGGUACCCAAAAUCAUGCACAAUGAAAACCUAUCAUAGUGUGGACGAACUGAACACUUGUAUGCAGGGAAAGUUUCUUUACAUGUUUGGAGAUUCAACAGUGCACCAAUGGAUGACAUAUUUUGAAAAAAAGUUAAAAACAUUGACAUUACUUAAUGUCCAUGAAACUGGCUGGGCACAAAAGCAUUUAGGUGUGGACAUUGAAAGAAAUAUGUAUGUUUUUUGGAAAAGACAUGGAAGGCCAUUUGUGAAUAUGGACUAUGCAUCGGUCAAAGAGGAACACUCCAUUCCACGUGAAAUUGACCUUUUAGGAGGCAACCAAUAUACUGUUAUUGCGUUAAAUAUUGGAGCACAUUUUAGACUAUUUCCUGUCCAUCACUAUAUCAGAAGACUCCUCAACAUUCGUCGUGCUGUAGAACGUCUCCUACUCAGAAGUCCCCAAACAAAAGUUAUCAUUAAGACUGAGAAUACUAGUGAAAUGGUAAAUCAGUAUGAAGGAACAAGUGAUUUCCAUGCAUAUGUUCACUACCUUAUAAUGGAAAUAAUCUUCAAAGGUCUCAAUGUUGGCUUUGUAAAUGGCUGGGACAUGACCACAGCAUUUAAUACAAAUGAAAUACAUCCACCAGAACAUUAUAUAAGAAAUGAGGUCAACAUGCUGAUGACAUAUAUUUGUACCUAA